AUGGGUAUUCUCCAAGCCAUUGAUGCCAAGAUCUCUAUCUGGCUUCACAAGCUCUUAUCCCAAGCUGCUAGGACUACUAUGAUCAAGCACAUUGGUCAAGCUAUCCCUUUUUUUAAAAUGGGAGCCUUUCUUAUCCCUAAACACCUUUGUAGACAGAUGGACUCUCACCUCUGUAAAUUCUGGUGGGGUGAAACUUUAGACCCCAAUGAUAGAAAGUUGCACCUUCUAGGCUGGGACAUUUUAUGUUCCCCUAAAGCUGAAGGAGGUUUGGGGUUCAGGAAGGCUAAGUUAAACAACCUAGCAAUGCUUUCUAGGAAUGCCUGGAGAAUCCUGGAAAAUCCUAACUGUCUUCUGGCCACUGUUCUUAAGACCAAAUAUUUUCCCAAAACUGAUUUUUUGAAUGCUAAGUGUACUGCUAAAUGUUCUUGGACUUGGAAGUGCCUGCAUGCUAUUAAGGAGCUUAUAAAACCUUUUAUUUCUUGGAUUGUUGGGGAUGGUCAAUUUAUUGACCCAUGGUGUGAUAAAUGGAUUCCCUCUCAGGGUUAUGCCACACCCAACCCUCUUGUUCCUCCUGAUCCUAGUAUUAAAGUUGCUUAUUUCAUUGAUUCCCAAUCCAGAAGUUGGGAUGUGUCUAGACUAAAUACCCAUUUUGAUAAUGCUUCUGUUCAUAAGAUUAUCUCCAUUCCCUUAAGCCAACUUUGCACUCCUGAUGGAGGGCUUGGGAUAUUUUAA